UUUGCAGAGGCUCACUUGAUGAAUCAACUGGCAAGAGUUUAUUUUGUGUGGUAGUUCUGGCACCAAGACUCACAAUUGUUAAAUUAGAUUUAGUUUAUAAAUAUUUAGGAUGUGUACUGCUGGGGAAAGAUCGUGGUUUUCCUCCUAAUUGUUCAAUUUAAUUUCUGCUCCCUGAUGUUACACCACAAAAAUGAUUCGGGGAUAAGAUAAUUAGUCAAAGUCAGCUCUGUCACACGGAGAUGUCUGUUACAGGGCACAUUUAGGAUAACAUGAAAAACAUUAUAGGAGAAAUAAUAUAAAUGUGUCAGGAUGGCUAUAAAUUGACUGUAUGAAAACCAAAGACACAUUAUAAGUCCCAAUAGGAAAAUGAUGGUGAUUCCGUGGCAUUAAAAUGCCAUAAAACAAGGCAAGGUCAUUAUAAAUUCACUACUUAUUACCAGAGUGGCUCUAUAGUUCCCAAGUGGACCAUCGUAGGAGAUUAUAAUGAUUGUUCUUUGAGAGUGAUGACAGACAAGCCAUCUUACUGGAGGUGACUCACUCACAUGAGCACGUCCUGUAUGCUGAGAGAGAGAAAGAAAGAGCACACCUCUAUUCUGGAGCCGAGCCGGCUGCAGUGAAGAGGUGAGGCUGCACAACAGCGGGACUCCCUGCGGACUGAGGACACACACAGGUGUAGGUCGUUAACAAAAUGUCUGGCUGACUUCUCUCAGAGCUAUGGACUGGGAGAAGUCAUUGAAUGGAUCCAGGGUGAACUCUUCAUCCACCUUCUCCUCCUCCUGCUUCAACUCCUCUCAUCCCCUCCUCUCCACCUCCCCGUUCUCGGCCCCUUCCUUCUCGGGCCUGGACCUCCUGUCCGACCUGAAGCCCGUCUUCAUCCCUCUCUACUCUGUCGUGGUGUUGGUCGCCUGCUCCGGAAACCUCCUGCUGCUCUUCCUCAUCUGGCACAAGAAGAAGAGACACAACACCACAAACUUCCUCAUCAGCAACCUGGCACUGGUCGACCUGCUCAUGUGCAUCUUCUGCGUCCCUUUGACUGCAUCCUACGCCUUUGACCAGCAGGGAUGGGUGUUUGGUCCCCACAUGUGUCAUUUUGUCACUGUGAUGCAGUCUGCAGCCGUCUACGCGGCGGUCCUGUCGCUCAUGGCCAUCGCAGUGGAUCGUUACGUGGUCGUGGCUUAUCCCAUCCGCAAAAGAGCCGGGUGCCAGUUCUGCUGGGGUCUGGUGGUCCUGAUUUGGCUGUCUUCUCUGGCUUUAGCCACACCUACAGCUCUACACACCGUCCACCUGGACCUGCGGGCUGCCGGGCUGCAGAUGGCCGUGUGUGAGGAGUUCUGGGACGGCCAGGAGCGAGGCCGCCUCAUCUACUCCUGUUUCAUCCUCUUCUUCUCCUACUUUGUACCGCUGGCCGCUGUCUCCAUUUCCUACUGCGCUAUAUCCUAUCAGCUGAAGCAGAGGACCACGUCCGGCUUGAUGGCAUGUCAAGAGUUGAGAUAUGCAAGGGUGGCAUGGAGCAGACGGAGGAGGAAGACCUUCUACCUGCUGCUGGUGUCCGUCCUCUGCUUCGCCUUCUCGUGGCUUCCCUUACAGGUGGUGAAUCUGAUCCGUGACCUGGACACGGACUUCUCCAUCCUAGGGAAGAAUUACGUGAACAUCAUCCAGGUGUCGACUCACCUGCUCGCCAUGAGCUCCGCCUGCUACAACCCUUUCAUUUACGCCUCACUUCACAACAAGGUCCUGUCCUGCAUGUGCCGCCACUUCCUGUCUCGAAGGAGGAGGAAAGGAAAGGAGCGGGGUCAAGGGUCGAGCAUCCUGACGAUGUCUCACAGAGUGCAGCGCCUUCACACCUCCUCGAUCGUGGCAGAUUUACCAGCUGCUGUAAAUAAUGUUAUUCCUCAAGACAACUACGCUUAAAUUGUCUCGCUCGAACGCACACAAGAAUUUAAUCUGUGGUGUUUUAUUCAUUUGAAUUAUGUCAACCUUCAUACUUACAGGCAGUGGUGGAAGAAGUAUUCAGAUCUCUUUCUUUAGUAAAAGUAUUAAUGCCACACUGUGAAAUUACUCCAGCAAAAGUCCUGCAUUCAAAACUUACUGAAGUAAAACUCUUACUGUUUUUAAAAUAAGUAUGUACUACUAUUUUAUUGUUUCAGUAUUAUUUUAAUGUUUUCAUUGUUUUUAUUUAUUACUAUAUUUGUAUGAUUUUUCAUUGUAUUUUAAUAACUGUACAGCACUUUGUUUAACUGAGGUUGUUUUAAAAUGUGCUCUAUAAAUAAACUUUGACUUGACAAGUAAAAGUACAAAAGUAUCAACAUUAAAAUGUACUUAAAGUAUCAAAAGUAAAAGUAUUUGUUAUGCAGAAUGGACCAACUUAGAUUGUUUUAUUUAUUCUAAAUAUAUUAUUACAUUAUUUGUAUUGGUGCUUUUAUGUAAGCAGUGUUUUAAUUUUGUAAAGACAGGGCUCAUUUAACUACUUAAUAUACUGUUAAGAUUUAAUUUUUUUAAAAAGUCUGCUCACUUUAAAUGUAUCAUGUUUUUUAAUGUUAAAUCUCGACCUGUAAAUUAACUAAAGCUGGCAGCUAAAUGUUGUGGAGUAAAAAGUACAAUAAUUGCCUCAAAAUGUAAUGGAGUAGAAAUAUAAAGUUAUAUAAAAUGGAAAUACUCAAGUAAAGUACAAGUACCUCAAAAUUGUACUUAAGUACAGUACUUGAGUAAAUGUACUUAGUUACGUUCCACUACUGCUUACAGGUAAAUUCAGUUAAUUU